CUGUGUGUUGUAGCGGAGCGGCUGUGAGUCCGGCUGUUGUCCCCGACGUCUCCCCCUCUCUCUUUCUCUUCCCUCCCUCUCAUCUCUCUACCUGUCCUCUUGAUUGCAUUCCCUGUGCAUGCAGCGACGCGGGGGGAUGAGCAAGUCGUGUUUGGCAGAACACAGUUGCAAGUUAUGAGAGGUUUGCGCGCAAAUCCACCGAAAUCCACGGGCAGUUUAGCAGAGAACGAGAACGAUACACAAUGCAACGUGAUGCCGUGAAAGGUGGGACGUCAGUAGACGGUGAAGCUACAGCGACCACGCCAGGGCUGAGUUGUCCCGUCACCUUGCGAGGCAGUCCGACAACAAACACGCAGCAAGAGAACACAGCAGGCAGGAAAGAGACAGACACGGCAGCCACCGAGAAUGUGAUGAACAUGACAAACGCGGAGACCAUAUGGAAGGUGACAAACACGGAGACCACAGACAACGUGACAGACGGCGACGCGGUCCAUCAACUGGACAUCGUGGAGAUCGGGGGUUUGGCGCACACCGAUCACGGCUGGGCGUGGAUGGUGCUGGUGGGCGCUUCCAUGAACAUGUUCGUUAUGUACGGCGCAGUCUCUUCCUUUCCAGUGCUGUUCGUAGAGUUUGUGUCGGUGUUCGGGGAUAGGACGAGCCUGAUCGCUCUCGUGGGAUCGCUGCAGACCGGAAUGACACUAAUGUCAGGUCCUGUGUUCAGCCGACUGUCAGAGAAGUAUGGCUAUCGGCUGGUGGUGACGACAGGAGGGAUGCUGGCUACAGCUGGCAUGUGUAUCAGUUAUGCUGCACCAGCGGAUCUCAACGUGUUGAUCUGUGCAUACGGCCUAAUGGCAGGCAUUGGAAGAGUAAAUGAAUUUUACACACCUUCCUUGUCAUUAACGGACUUUAUUUCGACAAGAAGCGUUCUCUGGCGAAUGGAGCUGGGAGGCAACAGCGCGGAGCCGUGGUGCGAUGAUCAGUUUGGCCGGCAUUACCUACAGAGCGUAGCAGCUGGCGCCCUCUUCCGGGAAAUACCGCAAUCGUCGAAGGACGCGCUGGCCGAGCGCCGCGGCGAGGGCGGCCGUCUCAUGAUGCCGCUUACGAACACGAAGAAGUUCGUACUUCACUGCAUGAAUCAUCUACUGAACUCGUUCAGUCUGAACGUGCUCGUGACGUUCGGUGUGUUGUACGGCGUCCGGCAGGGCUUGAGUCUCUCGCAGGCUGCUCUCAUGAUCACAGUUCUCAACAUCUGUAACGUCGUGCUGCAAUUCGUCGUGUCGUCGCUCGCCGACCGCUCGUUGUUCUUCCGUCGCAUCGUCUUCGUCGUCGCGACCAUCAUCAUCGGCGUCACCUACUUCUUGUUCCUGCUCGCACGCGAACUGUGGGUGUUCGUGAUCUGCUGUGUGCUGUACGGGUGCGCCUACGGCGCUAGAGCGAGCCUGGAAACGACAAUGCUGGUGGAUUUGUUCGGCAUACAGAAUCUACCGAUGGUUCAGGCGUUCUACCUUUUUUCCUAUGGUCUAGGAGGUCUCGUCGGGCCUCUUGCAGCAGGAUUCCUAGUGGACUAUACGGAGAUGGUGAAACCAGUCUUCAUUCUAUCUGGAGUCAUUGGUUUCGGCAGCGCAGCGGCGCUAGGUGGCGUCUUCUAUAUCGACUACAAACAGAGUCACAUGCCGCAAGAAUCAACUCACCAACAAAGUACGGAGACAGUGGUCAGCGCAUUAUAGAAAGCGUUAAACUAGGACGGAAGCAUUACUGGAACUUUCAUAUACUCGAGAAAGUGCUCACGCCU